GAAUUAUGCGCUACUGUGUUUUGGCUUGUUUAUGGACAAUCAUUUAAUCUAGUGCUUCAAAUACCCCAGAUGACUUAAUUUCCAUGAUCAGUCUUACGCCUUCCUAUCUGGGUUUUUUAGGAUUAAAAAAAGAAUAAAAGAAAACUCAUCGGCAGUCUGAACGAGUUUUUCUAGAGGUAAUUACUAGGAUUAAAUAUUUUAGGCAAUUUGCUAAGUGUCUUCUGUUUUAUUUGCUUAUUCAUCAAGUUAUAGUACAAUUUGAGACCAAACUAUGGCGUUCACCAUAUAAUUAAAAAGAUACUAUUGUAGAUAGAGGGGAAAAUGAAGUGCAGUUCAAAGUAUAACCAAAAAACUUCGGUUAAUAGAACUACCCUUUCUGUAACGAAUAUAAAGAAGGACUACAACGGGAUUAUCAUUGACUUUAUUUUGAGCCAUGUUGGACAAUGUUCAGAACCCCAACCAAUGGCUUUAUCUCACAUCCUGGAGCUGUGUUAUAAACAGGCUAAUUCUAUGCUUUUUCCACCUAGCCCCAUCACCGGUAAAUAAUGCGCGACGUGGGAAUCUCUGGUGUGACACUCGUAGUAUACUUCUAAGCCACCGAAGCGAGUGUUUCAAGAUAUUGACACAAAUUGAAUUACCGUAGUUGUGCCCUAACACAAUAACUAUGUUAGUUUUAAUUAACAGGAAGCAUUAUUUCCCCUUCAUAAAUCAAGUUUUGCUCACAGUUUUGUAUAUUCAUUUACUGCUAGUUAGGAAUUGUAAACUGUUUAUAUUUUCUCGUAGCUUAUCGGAUUUGGAUUGAAAAUAUAACAUGGUGGAUGCGGAAUUCAAACGAAAACUAAAUGAAAUUCGUGAGAAAGUAGAAGAUCUUUUUGAUUUUGAAGGAUCUAAACUUAAAGAUGGUACAGACAGUAGAGAUUAUGCGUUAAAACAAAUCGAAGGCACUGGCUUAUCUAUGUCUGCGUGCCGAGAAAUAGCUCUUCUUCGUGAGUUAAAGCAUCCAAAUGUAAUUACUCUACAACGAGUUUUUCUUAAUCAUACAACUAGGCGAGUAUGGUUGCUAUUCGACUUUGCAGAACAUGAUCUUUGGCAUAUUAUAAAAUUUCAUAGAACAACUAAAGCAAAUAAAAGUACAGUUCAAGUCUAUGGCAAUAUGGUCAAAAGUUUAAUGUAUCAAAUAUUAAAUGGAAUCCAUUAUUUACAUGACAAUUGGAUUUUACAUCGUGAUUUGAAACCUGCAAACAUCUUAGUUAUGGGUGAAGGUCCUGAUCGAGGUCGAGUUAAAAUAGGUGAUUUAGGUUUCGCUCGUCUAUUUUAUCAACCACUGAAGCCAUUAGCUGAUUUGGAUCCAGUUGUUGUAACAUUUUGGUAUCGUGCACCAGAAUUGCUGCUUGGAGCUAGACAUUAUACGAAAGCUAUUGAUAUAUGGGCUAUUGGAUGUAUUUUUGCAGAAUUACUCACAUAUGAACCUAUAUUUCAUUGUCGUCAAGAAGAUAUUAAAACAAGUACACCAUAUCACAAAGAACAGCUGGAACGUAUUUUUCGUGUAAUGGGAUAUCCACCAGAUGAUGCUUGGGUUGAUAUGAAAAAAAUGCCAGACUAUCAUCAAUUAUUACGUGAUUCCAUAAGUAAAAAAACCUAUGGUAAAUAUUCACUGGAAGGUUAUUUUGAAGAGAAAAAAUUCAAAGUGGAUGAAAGAGAAUUAGCUUUGCUCAGACGUUUGUUAACUAUGGAUCCCGUUAAACGUUUAUCUGCUGCUGAGGCUAUGGAAGAUUCUUACUUCAAAGAAGGUGAAAAACCAAAUAAUGAUGUUUUUGGAAAUUUACCUAUACCUUAUCCUAAACGAGAAUUUAUCUCUGAUGAUGAUUCUGAUGAUAAACAAACUGGUGCAGAUAAAAAUGUCACACAAGCUGGACAACAACCAAACGCUACUGGAGGAAGACAAACUGCAGCACAUCCUACUGGUGGCAGUGGAAUACAUACUACACAUCCUCAGCAACAAUCUCAACAACAACAACAGCGUGGAAAUAAUGCUCCACAACCUCAGUUACCAUUGCCUCAGCAACAACAGAGAACAAAUGGACAGCCACCGCCACUGAAUACACAGCAACAGCAACAACACAUGAACUCUGGUCAAUCUAAUCCCCAUGCAAGACAAUUAAUUCAUCAACAGAAUAAUAAUGAUGAUAUACCAUCUAACAAGCGUAUUCGGUUAUCCCAGGGGAAUAAUGAAACACCGAUUGCACCACCGCCAUUACCAUCCUCCUCGACAACAUCAUCAUCUACAACAGUUAAUAGUAGUGGAAUCUUACAUGCAAACACAAAUAAACCCAGUAUAACAGGACAAUCUCAGCAGUUAUCUAAUACCACUACUACUACUACCACUUCAGGUUAUGCGAAUCUGCAACAACAACAACCAAUGAGAAAUCUCCCACCUGGUCAUAUGGGGCAUCCGGGAACUUCUUAUCCACGCUAUCACCACUAGCAAUCACAAUUCUUCGUGGAUUACUUUUUUGUAUAUAUUAAUAUUUUCGCAACAUUUUCAUAGUUCUGUGGCCAAUGUUUUUGUUCUUCGACACAUUUUUGUACAAUGAUUGUAGUAAAAAUAUACAGGUGUCCCGGUAUUGUGAUAAAUUUAGUGGACAGGGAAGGAAAGCGUGGAACGUGAACCAGCUAGUCAUGAGUCCGUUAUCUGCUUAUUUAGCUAAUCACAUCACCUAGUUAUCGAGAUUCUAGACUCUAAAUUAGUGAGAUAUUGUACUGUUUACCAAUUAUGACUAAAAUUUACACGUAAUUCUAAUUAUUAUCCCGUUUCACAUAAACGUUAGAUCCAUGAAGCAAAUUUGCUUUAAUUAACAUCUCAACAUUACAUCACUUGUAACUGUAGGCUUGCCGUGACCUCAUCUUACGUAUCCCCCAGGAUGAAAUCGAUAUGAAAACAAG